AAUUACUCCACUAAUUAAGUCAAGCACAAUCGAUGACCAGGCAGUGGCGUAAGCAGCUAAAUGAAGAUCAUCCUUAUUAUAAUAUAGUUUACUACUCAUCAAUCACACUAUAAAUCACGGAACUUGUUUUCUUCUUCUUCUUCUUCACCACCAAAUCAAAAGAACGAGCGAGAGAGUAGCAAAGAGAUCUCUUCUUAUUUUAGUGAGCUAAAUCGAGAGAGCAACAAACAAGUAAUGGCGGAGGAGGAGGAGGUGAUUCUCUUGGAUUUCUGGGCGAGUAUGUUUGGGAUGAGAACGAGGAUUGCUCUGGCGGAGAAAGGAGUCAAGUACGAUUACAGAGAACAAGAUCUAUGGAAUAAGAGCUCCUUGCUCCUCCAGAUGAACCCGGUUCACAAGAAAAUCCCGGUUCUCAUCCACCAUGGCAAACCGGUAUGUGAAUCUCUCUUUCAGCUCCAGUACAUAGACGAGACUUGGCCCGGCAACAAAUACUCUCUCCUUCCUUCCGAUCCUUACAAGAGAGCUCUUGCCAAAUUCUGGGCCGACUUCAUCGACAAAAAGGUGAAUGUUGCGGCGAGGAGGAUUUGGGCGACGAAAGGUGAGGCGCAAGAAGCAUCCAAGGAGUUACUCGAGAUACUCAAGACGCUUGAAUCCGAGCUUGGAGACAAAGAUUACUUUGGAGACCAGACGUUCGGGUAUGUGGACAUAGCCCUGAUUGGGUUCUAUAGCUGGUUUGGAGUGUACGACAAGUAUGGGAAUAUCAAUAUCGAAUCAGAGUGUCCAAAACUGAUUGCGUGGGCCAAAAGGUGUUUGCAGAGAGAGAGCGUCGCUAAAGCCUUGCCUGAGUCGGAGAAGGUCACUACGUUCGUUUCCGAGCGUAGGAAGAAACUUGAGUUAGACUAAAUCUCUUUUCUUUUGUUCUGUUUCCAUGUCUCUUCUUGUUUCGUUCUUUCUUUGUAUGAGGUCUUGUCUGCAUAAAUAAUAUAUUCCUUUGUAUA